UCCUGACGAAAUCGAUAUGAACGACGUCGGUCUGCUGGUAAUUACGAAAGCCGUUUGCGGCUACCCGAGUGUCCUCAAAGGCCUAUUGCUACGUGCACGGCAAUUGGUGAGGUCGAAGUUGUACGUCGCUUUGGAGCCGACCGGCCUUCGUAGCGUACGACCGGUUUGUGCGUUCCACUUCCUGUACAGCGUCUACCGCAUCUGCAGCGAGACGUGUAAGGACUUGGACGUCAGGGUGCUGCUGCAGAACCUGAAAAGCGCUCAUGGCCAUGGUCAGGUGCACCCAGCCGCCCUCUCAGCCGACUGCCUGCUUGCCGACUGCGAUGCGCAGACACUCAGGUGUCUGCUGCCGUUCGUUUCCGACGUAACCAAUUUGAUCGAAUUGCCUCAUGCCUCUGACGACAGAAACGGUAAAGGCGUCGUGUGCCGAUGCCGUGGUAUUUUCGUGCCCGUCGGCGAUUCGCUGACCACCACGCCAGCAACCGGCGCUUAUAAAGACGUGGUUCUCGGUGGCACCUUCGAUCGUCUGCACAACGGCCACAAGAUCGUAUUAUCGGUGGCUGCUCUGCUCAGCGGCGGCUCGGUAACAUGCGGCGUUACCGGAGCAAGCAUGGUCAGCAAAAAGCUCUUGCAUGAACUGAUCACUUCGACUCAGCAGAGGAUCGACCAAGUGUCCAGCUUUCUUCAGGAUAUCGAUCCAUCACUCAGCAAGGAUGUUGUGGUCAUCAACGAUCAGUUCGGUCCUUCAGUCGAGAAAGAAGACAUCGAUUGCAUCGUAGCAACCAGCGAAACCGCAAAGGGAGCGUUUGCCGUCAACGAGAAACGCUGCAAAGAAAACGGAUUGAACCCUUUGGACGUAUUCGUUAUUGAACUAUUACAUGGGUCGCGUGCCGGCAUUAUUAGCUCACGAGCGUUAAGUUCGUCCGAACACCGUUUCGAGUUGCUGGGAACUCUGCUCAAACCUCCGAAGACUCCACGCCUGUAUGACAAAGUGUACGUUGUGGGCCUGACAGGUGGUGUUGCCUCCGGUAAAUCACACAUCGCCGAGUACCUGCGAAGCUUAGGAGCUGCGAUUAUUGACUGCGACAGAUUGGGCCACGAAACGUAUUUGCCCGGUACCGAGACUUAUCAGAGGAUCAUCGACAAAUUCGGUCAAGAAGUGGUCAGCGUCGACGACCACCGGACGAUCAACCGCCAGUUGCUUGGCAGAAUUGUAUUCGGUGAUAAGGGUGCACUGCAAGCAUUGAAUUCGAUCGUCUGGCCGGCCAUACGACAGCUGAUCGAAAGAGACAUCGCAGAAUUUCAACGCCACCAGAACGAUGCAUCCACAAUUGUUGUAGUCGACGCCGCUGUCCUCAUCGAAGCUGGUUGGCACUCGCUCGUCGAUGAAAUAUGGGUAACGUUCGUUCCGCGAGAUGAGACGGCCUUGUUUCGAACAUACAGUGUUCAGGCUAUAAAAAGAAUAAUGGAUCGAAACCAGAAGACAAGGGACGAAGCAUGUGCUCGCAUCGAUGCUCAGAUGAGUGUCAAAGAAAGACUGUCGUAUGCCAAUGUUGCCUUUUGCUCUAUGUGGGCAUAUUCGGUAACCGAGACGCAGGUAUGGCCAUCACGACAAAUUUUUUUUAUGAUUAUCCAGAGCUGUCACUAGGU